ACCAUCAUUAAUAUUUUUGUCUAUAUCCUCUUUACCGUUAUUCGGACCAACUGACAUCUUGGGUCCUUUUUCCUUUGCAAAACUCACUACCAAGCAGCAAAGAGCACAUUUGUGUAUUAAAAUAUUUUUGUAUAGCAAAAAGAGGAACAUUUUACAACUUUCGAUGUGCUUCAAUUGAAGAAAACGAAACAAGAAAAGUAUCGGUGAACAAAUAAACAUACACGAGUUUUUUUGUAAACAAUCCAGACUGUUGCGGAAUUAGAAAACAACAUUUCUUGUUUUAUAGCUAAAAAUACAUUUUUUAUAUAAUCCAUAGACAUUAGAAGAAGCAAAGAAAACAAGCAAAGCAAAGGUACAGAAGAAGCAAAAAAAAAAACGGAAAAAUGUCCUAAACAUUGUGGGUGUGUGAGGUUUGGGAAGAAAAUUGUGAGUGAAGAUCACAAAAAUAAAAUUAAAAAAAAACUUAUAUCCAUAUUAAGUGAAAACUAUAAUUGUACAAAAACAAAAAUUGUUUAUAUUACUACCUUAAAAAGAAAAAAAAAAAAAAAAACAAAACAUAUAUACAAAUAAUGAGUGAUUCGCGAGUUAGUGGUAAACGCCUCACCUCCUCUCCUUCUGCAAAGUCGGAUACCGGAAACCGUGCCAGCAGUACCAACCUGAAAGAUGCAUCAAAAACGAAAUCAGUCUCCCAACAAGACACGGAAAAGGAGGCUAUAGUGGAUACAAAACUGAUUGCUGUGAACGAACCCUUUAUAGAAACAACACCGUGUACAUUUUCGACGGACACCUCAAAUGAUCUUCCCUUUGCUGUACAUUAUUUCACCAGUUUUCAUCGGAUUUGUGUGGUAACAGCUCUGUUGCCUUUGGUUACCUUAUUUACAUGUUUCGUCACAGCCUAUGUCUUCCAAUAUGAUGACGUACAUGAAACACAUUGUCGCGUUUACAAUAUUGUACCCUCAAUAAGUGCUAUUACCGGCGUUAGUCCCCAACGUUAUUUUUGGCGUUUUAGCAUUGCCUUACAUUUGGGUCCACGCUUGCCCAUAGCAUUCAUUUACAAGAACUACUACAACAGCAUGUUGGCCAAAUUGAAAAAGCAGAGACCCGAAAAGGUGGGCAACAUGGAGACGGUGGUUACUAUUAUAACGAUAUUAAAUUGCAUAGAAAUAGCAUCAUUGGGCGGUGUUACGUAUAUUUCGAAUCGGGAAAAUUAUCCUAUGCAUGAAAAGAUUUUCAUCACCUUUAUGAUAUGUUCACUAUGCCAUAUGCUGGCCACCAUCAAACUGAAUGGCGUCAUACACGAGGAUCACACAGAAUUAUCACAGAAACAAAGAGAUUCGAUAAAAUGGAAGAAAAUCCUUUUUGCCAUGUCGAUAUUGAGCACAAUCGGACUGUUGAUCUUCUUUGCUAAACAUCGUUUUUAUUGUCAUGUAUUGGCCUUCAGUUGGUUUGCUUUCUUCGAGUACUUGAUUGCCAUUGCCAAUAUGUUUUUCCACUUCACUAUAAUUUGGGAUUUCUCAUCACUCAACAUGCUGAUUGUGGAUGCGCCUAGGGCAAAAUUAGAGGAACUUUUCCGUAAAUCAGCUCUAAAAAUGGAUUAAAUGAAACCCUCCAUUUAUGCGCACAGACAACCAAAGACAAAAACCCAAAAGCAACAAAAAAAAUAAUAAAUCCAGUCUUCAUAACAACAACUCCAAUAAACCAUGGGAAGAUCAAGCACAUGCAUCUUUUUCCGGGAAUACUACAAAAGCAGCGGUAGCAGCAACUGUUCAGAAAUUACAAAUGUUCAAUAUGGUAUACCAAAACCAAACAACAUAAGAAAACAUAAGGAAAAAUUAACUAAACAAGAAACCAACGCACUUAGUUUAUUUAUAUUUAUUACCUACUUAUUAUGCAUUUUUGGCGAAAAUUUACACUUUAAGAUUUUAUGAAGAUUGCGAUUUAUGUACUUCGUACUCAUAACUAGUAACUAUAGAUUUGUUUUUAAUUUAAAUAGGUCGGCUGUUGUUAUUUUCGUUUUUGUUAGCAUACGUUUUGUAAAUUUUGUUUUAUUAUUAGGAAAAUGCGCUUCCAGUUAUAGGCUUUUGCUUUACAAUGUUUAUCAUAGAUUUAUUUGUUUAUUUUUUUUUUAUUGUAUGUAGUUUUAUUUAUUCUUUUCUAUUUAAGAAAAGUCCUCCUCAAUUGAUGACUAACAAGUUCCUUUCAAUUAUAAAUAACAAAGAACAAGAAGAACAACAACAGUAAAACGCAAUUUUAAUUACAGUAUUAAAGUAUUAUCUUAGACAAUUGUAGAAUAUCCAAACACAAUUUUCCUAACCCCUUCCCCCCAUCUCCUAGACUCCCCUAAGUUUUUGCUUCGUCCUUCCUUUUUGUCCAAGCCAAUCGAAAACAUGUAUUGUAUUAUAAUUGUGAUUAGCCUAAACUCUAUGGCAUUGCAAACAUUUAUUUAUUGUAUUUUUAUUUAUUUUAUAUUCGAUAAAAGAAUUAACUAUUCUUAUAUAUUUAAUGUACAAUUUAUAUCUAAGUAAAUGAAUUUAUGUACCACCUUACUUACAGCUAUGCAUUUCUUAGGGCACGAUCCAAAAUUAUAUAAAAUUCGCUGCACUUGUGGAACGGAUCACCUUGUCUUAAACAGCAUGGACCUAUGCGUUAUACAACUUUCAUUAAUUAAUCAGGGAAAGAUUUUUGUUUUCAUAGAAAAUUGAUACGUUUUGCUCUAUUUAUAGACAGUGUUAACAAAGGUUUCAAUUAUUUAUGAGGGGGAAAGAAUUCGAAUAAAACAAAACCUUGUAAGGAAAUAUCUA